UAUUGAUUUGAGGCUGGAAAGUGGACUGAAAGCCACAAGCAAACAGCGAAAAUUCGAAAAAUAGAAAAAGGGUAGGUUUAGUUAAUGGAAGAGUCUUAUCCAAAUCCAUUCAGCGAGUUCAUGGACCGGUGCGUCAGCCAACCAGUCAGUCAGUCUGUCAGUCCCUCCGACCAGCUGAGCUGAGCUGAGUCGCCUAACAUUCGCCGCCAUCCAUCAUCGUCAUCGUCGUCCAUCGAUGGCAGCAAAUGUCUUUCUUCUGCACACCGUAUCUCGGCUCCGAAGCUUCUUCGCAACCUCCCUCCCUUUCACUAACCAAAAUCAAAAUCAGAACCAAAACCCCUGUACCUCCGUCCCUCCCGCCUCCAAAUCCCAAUCCAAAUCCAAAUGCCAAUCCACAUGUUUUCCCCUUUUUAUUAGCCACGCUGUCACUGUCAACGGCGCCCACUCCGCUCCCAUGUUCGCCGACUCCGGAAUCAUGCUAUUCCUGCUGUUUCAAGAAAUGGGGUUUAACGACAAAGACGCUCGAGUGAUUCUGGAUACGAAUGCAGCUCUAACAUACUUACCUAGUGAUCAUAUUCGUAGUAGAAUUCAAUUACUGCAAUCCGUUGGACUGAAGGGUCUUGCUCUUUCGCGAGUAGCACUCAAACGUCCCGACGUAUUAACAGCUCCAGAAAUUGAUGCAAUCUUAUCUGUCAUAGUUGAUGGUGAUGAUUUAGAUUUGAAAGGGAAAAUUGAACCGGCACAAAUCGAGCGGCUGCUGACUGGUACUGAUCCUAGAUUUCUUGUGGGAUUUGAGACGAAACUAAGGUUGUUACUUCAAUUUGGUAUUCCCAAAGAGAAGCUUGGCAAGGUGUUGAACACUGUUAAUUUGGCCAAAGCUCUGUGCUUCAAAUCUUCAGAGGAGAUGGAGAGACUGCUUGCGUUUUUACACCCUUUUGGGGGUGCAGAUUUGGUCCUUCGAUGGCCGGCAAUUCUCAAUUAUGAUUUGGACAGUCAAUUGAUGCCAAGAAUUGGAUACCUCUUGGAGUUGAGUGGGCAAGAUCAUCAUGCCACUGCCACAGUGUUGCGUAAGUUCCCGUCUGCUCUGGCAUAUAGCUUGGACCAUUUGAAAGAUCACGUCGAGUUCUUGAAGUCGUAUGCGGGCUUGAGCUAUGAGGAAAUUUUUAGGGUUAUUCUUGUUUAUCCAAGUCUGUUCAGUGCUAGCAGAAAGCGGAAAUUGCAUCCAAGGAUUGACUUUCUUAAACAGUGCAAGCUGAGUUCCGGUGAUAUAUAUAGGUUUUUGAUCAGAGCUCCUUUGUUCCUCAGCCUGUCAUUUGAGGAGAAUCUUGCAAAUAAGUUGGUCUUCUUGGUGAAAAUUGGUUAUAAGAACAGAACGAAAGAAUUGGCUAUGGCAAUGGGAGCUGUGACCCGUUGCAGCUGUAAGAAUUUUCAAGCAGUUGUUGGAGUUCUGUUGAGUUAUGGAUUGAGUUGCAGGGACAUAUUGGAGAUGAGCAAGAAACAUCCACAAGUGCUGCAAUACAACCAUAAGUCGUUGGAGGAUAAGUUGGAAUACUUGACACAGGAAAUGGGCCGUGAAGUUGGAGAGCUGUUGUCCUUCCCUGCAUUUCUUGGUUACAAACUUGAUGGUCGAAUCAAACAUCGUUAUGAAGAAAGGAGGAAGGUUUUAGGUGAAGGCAUGUCAAUCAACAAACUACUGAGUGUUUCAACAGCAAGUUUUGCAAGUACAAGCAGGAAGAAACCAAUUUCUGAGGCGGAUGAGAAUGAGGAAGAAAUGAGUCAGAAUUGAAAGGAGUUGAAAUGAUUGAAACACAUCUGGGCCUUGUGUGCAGACAGUAGUGGCAUAGCUCAUAGCUGUUUGUGAGUGAGUGAAAGUGUAGUAUAAUGUAUUUGAUUGAUGUCUGCUCACUCCAAAGGCUAUAAUUAUAUA